AUGUCCUCGUCAUCUAUCUUAAACAUUGGUGAGAAGGUGUUAUUCGAUGACAGUAUAGAAAGUAUAGAAUUUCACCCAUACACUCCGUAUAAUGACUCUUUCAAAAACAACGAUAACAUCCACAUAUGUAUCAACCGUCAAGAUCUAAUUCUACUACCGAGUCAAAGUCAAAUAUUAGUGGAAGGCACUGUGGAGAAAGGCUGUCUACUGGUCAACAAUGGUGCUGCUUUUUUAUUUCAAGACAUUCGUUAUGAAUUGAACGGUGUGGAGAUUGAUCGAGCGAGAAACUGCGGCAUCACAUCCACCAUUAAGGGACUAAUCUCAUACACCAAGGAAAUGGACCAUAGUCUUCAGACUGCGGGGUGGGAAGUUGGUGCUAAAAAGAUACAUGACAAGUUUACAUUAACCAUACCACUAUCUCAUUUCUUGGGUUUCGCCGAGGAUUACAAGAAGGUAAUAAUGAAUGGGAAACACGAGUUGAUAUUAAAUCGCGCCAGUAUAGAUGUAAACUGUUUAGAUUUAGCACCCGUUGAUCCGAAUACGGUACCAAAACCGCCGACUCCAAAUGGUGAGAUUGAAAUCACUCGUGUCACAUGGAGGAUGCCAGUCAUAAAAGUAUCUGAUAAGGAGAAACUGCGCUUAAUGUCGUAUGUUGAGGGCAGCAUACCAGUUCAGAUAGCGUUCCGCACGUGGGAACUGUAUGAAUAUCCCAUACUACCUUCCUCAGAACGUCAUAUUUGGUGCAUCAAGACUAGUACUCAGCUUGAGAAACCUCGCUAUCUCAUUGUUGGUUUCCAAACGGCACGCAGGAACGACAAGACCAAAGAUAUGAGUAUAUUCGACCAUUGUAAUCUUACUAAUUGCAGGGUGUAUUUGAACGCACAGUAUUAUCCAUACGAUCCUUUUUCGGCUGAAUUUAAAACAAACAACUAUGCGCUCUUAUAUGACGCAUUUACCAAUUUCCAACGAUCGUACUACAGCCGUGAUCAUACCAGCCCUCAAGUAAAUUAUGCUCAUUACAAGACACACUCUCCAUUAAUAGUCAUUGACACGUCCAGACAGUGUGACAGCUUCAACUCGGGAGCUGGUGCUAUUGAUAUUAAAUUGGAAAUGGAGUUUAAAGAGAAUGUACCUGCCAACACCACGGCAUACUGUCUCAUUAUCAAUGAUUCACUGUUUGAGUACAACGCUCUCACCAGUGCCACACGUAAAAUCAUUCAGUAG